UUUUUUUACCUUUCGGGACAGUUGGUGAACAGUACAACUUAUUCUGGAGAAACAACAGUUCCAGCAUGACCAACAUCGCUGUUUUGUUAAGUGUCGUUGCUCUUGCAACUGUGGUAAUGGCCAGAGAACCUUAUUCUUAUGGUGAGAAGAAGGGCAAUGGUUACGGAGAUAAAAAAGGAAGCUACGAAAGUGGUACGUACAGUUACGACAAAAAAGACGGUUACGUUCGGGACGCCUUUCCUUAUGGGUACCAUAAGAAAGAAAGCUACGGCUAUGAAGGUUCUCCUUACGGUUACGAAAAGAAAGGUAGCUAUGGCUACGAUGCAGUCCCUUACGGUUAUGAAAAACAUUAUGGGUAUGACGGACAUCCGUACGGUUACGGAAAGCAAGCAGACUAUGGAUACGAUGUUGUCCCAUACGGCUAUCACAACAAAUAUAGUUCCAGCUAUGAUAUUGCACCUUACGGCCAUUACAGUUACGAAGGCUCACCUUAUGGUUACAAUAAGACAGACAGCUACAGUUACAGAGGCUCUCUUUACGGAUCUCCUUACGGCUACGAAAAGAAAGGAAGCUACGAAUAUGACACGUCUCCUUAUGGAUAUAACAAGUACGAAAAAUCUAAAUCUUACGGCAGAUACUCUUCUAACUACUGAAUUCCAUCGCCAUUGCAUACUCUUAUGGCCUUAAGGAAAACUUUAUUAAUUUAACAAACAUGCUAAACAAGCCCCUUUGUACAUUGCAAGUAAUAAACUGGGUGUAAUUGUUUUUAAAAAA